UGGAAGGCCCGUCCCGGUGUUUAGCUUUUGCCGCCGCCGCCUGGGGCUCCGGGCUGGAUGCUACCCCUCCCGUCCGUUUCUUUUAUUUUCAGCCCGAUCAGCAGAUCCGCGGGUUUAACAUAUGAGCGUUUCACUGGUCGCCAUACGUCUGGAGCUAGCGAACCACUCGCUCCAUCCGGAGGGUUUCGAGUAUAGCGCUCUCAAUAUGGCAGAUGACGAGAGUAAAGAGAAGAAAUCAUUAAGUUCAGCAAAGCUGUUGCUGGAGGGUAAAACAACUGGAGAGAAAUCCACUAUUUUGCAUCAGCAUAUUGGUCGUCGAGAGAUGAGAGACAUGGUAAUUGAAACUAUAACCUCCAGCAAAGACAAAGAUACUGUGGAAUCUACACUGAAGCCUGACCAGAAGACAACAAACAGUACUGACCCUAUGGAGAAAACAAGUACCAUUGAUGCAAAUGACAAGAGUAAAUUGUACAAAGACCAGAGUGGGAAUGCACCAGACUCUCCAUCUAAACAGCUGCCUGAUCAAAUCUCAUUCUUCAGUGGAAAUUCAUCAGUCGAAGUAGUACAUGGAAUCAUGCACCUCUACAAAACUGACAAGAUGACUUCCUUAAAAGAAGAUGUGAGGCGCAGUGCCAUGUUGUGUAUUCUAACUGUUCCAGCCACCAUGACCAGUCAUGACCUUAUGAGGUUUGUGGCGCCAUUUGAUGAUUCGAUUGAGCACAUGAAAAUAAUAAGAGAUUCCACCCCAAACCAGUACAUGGUCCUUGUCAAAUUUUGUUCUCAGGCAGAAGCAGACAGUUUUUAUACUGCCUGUAAUGGUCGGCAAUUUAAUUCUAUUGAGGAGGAUGUAUGUCAGCUGGUGUAUGUGGAAAGGGCCGAAGUAAUCAAAUCGGAAGAUGGAGCAAGUCUUCCUGUAAUGGGGGUAACUGAACUACCACCCUGCAUUGUGUGCCUGGAAAGAAUGGAUGAGUCAGUAAAUGGCGUUCUAACAAUACUCUGUAAUCACAGCUUUCAUAGUCAUUGCUUACAACACUGGGAAGAUACAACGUGUCCGGUUUGCAGGUAUUGUCAGACUCCAGAGCCAGUUGAAGAGAAUAAAUGCUUUGAAUGCGGUGUCCAGGAGAACCUGUGGAUCUGUUUGAUAUGUGGACACAUUGGAUGUGGUCGUUAUGUCAGUCGUCAUGCAUAUAAGCAUUUUGAAGAAACACAGCACACGUAUGCCAUGCAGCUCACCAAUCACAGAGUCUGGGACUAUGCUGGCGAUAACUAUGUUCACCGCUUGGUGGCCAGUAAAACAGAUGGAAAGAUCGUGCAGUAUGAAUGUGAGGGUGACACAUGUCAGGACGAAAAAAUUGAUGCUCUUCAGUUAGAGUAUUCAUACCUCCUUACCAGUCAGUUGGAAUCUCAACGCAUCUACUGGGAAAACAAGAUCGUCCAUUUGGAGAAGGAUGCAGCAGAAGAGAUCAACAACAUGAAAACAAAGUUCAAAGAAACCAUUGAAAAAUGUGACAGUUUAGAGCAGAAGCUGAAUGAAAUCAUGAAAGACAAACAAGCUCUUGAAAGAAAGUGUUCGCAGCUGAACAACAGAGUUUUGAAACUAGGCACAGAACUGAGAGAGGAGCAAGAAAUGAACAAGUACUUGCGAACUAAUCAAAUCCAGCUGCAAGCCAAACUGAAAGAAGAAGAGAAAAAGCUGAAGGACACAUGUGAUGAGAAAGACAGACAGAUUACUGAAGUACAGGAGCAACUGCGAGAUGUCAUGUUCUACCUGGAGGCUCAGCAGAAGAUCAAUGAAAUGCCAGCAGAUACACGUCAGGAAAUUCAAGAAGGACAGAUAAACAUUGCAGUGGCAUCUGCUGCACCUUCAACUGGAGCUAUCACCAAACAGACACCCAGGAGGGGGAGAGGCAAAAGAAACAAAUAGUUAAACUUUCUCAUUUUUGAAAGAGAAAGGGGAAAAAAAGCAAAAAACAUAAAAACCUCCUUGGAGGUGUGUGUAUAUUUGCUUAAUUUUCAUGCUGACUAGCAAGGUGUUAUUGAUUCAGAAUUUAAGAAUUGCCAGUUUUUAUGGCAGUUGGGCUAUAUUCUGCAGUGGGCAGAAAAUAAUUAUUUAAUACAGCAUUAUUGAUUUGUAUUUGUUGGUAUUAGAGUACGAAGCUGUCUAAUU